AUGACAGACGCGCCGCCGAUAACGGCGGAGGAGGUGUUCUACAACGGUCAAAUCCGACCCCUUUUCCCAUUAUUCAAUCAAAACCUUCUUUUGUCCGAGGAUGAUUUGGAAAAAUUGAAGGAGCGGUCACCGGUAAACAAGAUAUUUAUACAAACGGAAGAAAAUUCUCCGGCAACUUCCUCUUCAUCGGGAAAUCAAGAAAUCGCUGGACCGUUUUGUGAAUGGUCAAAAGAUAAUAAGGCAAUUGAAGCUGCUGCUUCUUCUUCUUCUUCUUCUCCUGAGGUAUGCAAAAAGAGUAACUCAACAGGAUUUUCGAAGCUAUGGAGAUUCAAAGACUUUCUUCACCGGAGUAACAGUGAUGGACGAGACGCCUUUGUAUUCUUGAACCCUACCACAACUACUCCAGCGAAGACAGAAGAAAAAGCCAAAUUCAACGAGCAAAUGCUAACGCAGAAGAUUAAAAAGAAGAAGGGUACUGUUGUAAAGAAGAGCGAAGGUGUGUUAGCACAUGAAGCAUACAUGAAGAGUAAAGCUAAGGAUGAAGAUCGCCGGCGAUCGUAUCUUCCUUACCGGCCGGAGCUCGUCGGAUUUUUCACUAAUGUGAACGGCGGAUUAACGAGGAACGUGCAUCCCUUCUAA